AGAGGUUAAUCAUCAAAAUUUGCACUCAUCAAGGUUCGCCUAACUUGUGUUGCUUUUCUUUAUGAAUCUAUUUCGAGUUUAAUAACUUAUUUUUAUGCAAGUGGCAUCGCUGCCAGUCCAACUUCGUUUAUGGAAGAAUUGUAUGCCAGUACUGAAGAGGGUGGUGAUGAAGGAGCUGCGGUGGCUGAGCAAUAAUUUCAGUCGCUUCCAGCUCAACGGCUAUGCCCAGAAAGACAUACCUAACUCUUCUCCAUGGCGAAUUCACUCCUGAGGAUGACUCUACUGUACCUUAGAACUUGAAAAUUGUUAAUCCAGACAAUAGACACUCGUUGUUAAUGAGAUCAUCAAAAUUGAGAGACCUUCAAAUAAAUUCAACACUAUUGAGUUAAGCCCUGCAGUUACAGCAAAUGAUUUGAAGUGCCUGUCAAGGCAAAAAUUGACUGUCAUCUUAUCAUCGAAACAUUCGAAAUUGAAGUCGGUGGGACCAAUAGUCACCAGAGUUGCCUUUCAGUUAAUUCAGCACGCGCAUGCAGCCCCCUCCAAGAAAAGCAAGGCAUUUUGCUAAGUUAGCAAUUGAGUAACAGCAAUCACCCGAAGGAAACAAAUCGGGCGACAUAAUGGUGAUGCAACCAGAGAGCUCACGGGCUCUAUCAGAAGAAGAGUACGUUGUUCAGUGUGCAAAAAACUGCUUAGAGGUAGAUCCUCACGCAUCAAAAGCUUGGAUGAUAACAGCCAAGACAUUGUUCCCGCAGAACUUUGGUGUUCAGUUCGAAGCUUACCGCAUCGAGAAAAGUGCUGGAAAUGUAAAGGAAGCAGCCAAAUGUUUCACAACAAUUUACAUCAAUUUUCCAAAGGAGGCUCGUUUGUGGAAUGAAGUAGCUCAGAUCACUUCUGUCCUUAGCAAUGAAUCUCAAGAAUCUGCAUUUCUGAGUCAAAUGUUCAAGAACAUCCCAUAUGAUAUUCAGCUGAAAAUCUUACAAAAUGCAGCAGAUCGCUCUGAAGAUCCUAUGGAACACUGUCGUCUUUCUCUCCUACUGUUGAAUAAAUUUCCAGAAACUGCGCAAGAAAGUGUUCCAAAGCUGGUGGAAACACUCAUCUCAGCUGAAAAACAUAUUUAUUCAAACCCCGUCAAUAUAUAUAGAAAAUUUCUAGUUUGUGACUUGAUGCCGUUUCUCUCAAUUGAAUCAAUUGAAAUGUCAACUAAGCUUCUUAUCACCCUUUUGAAUAAGUCCAUCAAAUUUUAUGUAGCUUAUUUGAUACAAAAAACCAAAAUCAUACAGGAUCUGCCAGAAAGUGAAAACAAUGUACAAAAUUCAUGGGACUCAAUGAACAAGAUUUUCAAAGUUAUCGGAACCAAACUUCACUGGGAAAUCAGCAACAUUUUCAAUCCACCUGUAAAUCUAGACCGAGCCCUUUUUCAACUGAAGCAAUUCAUGGUGUCAGUUGCUGACUGGAUGAUGUGUGCAGAAGAAAUGACGUAUGCUGUUACCAUUCUGUUCCUUCAAACUUUGCAUGGUUAUGUGUCCGCUUUGGAAGCAGGUUCUUAUAAAAAAUCAGAACUGGUGUUGGUUGAAACUUUUAUUAAUGAAGGAGUUGACAUCAAAGCAAAUGUUAUGACUCCGGCCAAGAAAAUGAGGCAGAACAGUGAAGAUGAGAUUCUGCCUGUUGUAACUGUUGUUGAAAAUAAUACUGAUGCCAUUGAACAUUUCCAAAGAGCACACAAAUGUUGGUCCUUGCUUCAUCGUAAUCCGCUCUUAAAGCAAGAAUUUAAGAAACUGAAUGAAGGUCUUGCUCUAGAACCACUCUUAGGAAGUAUUAUUCAGGAUUUGGCACUGUAUGAAGGAGAGUACGAUGAGUAUCUGAAACACAUCAUUGGCACUGAAGCAAGUUUGAAGCGAUCACUAGAAUUAGCAAGUGUCUAUCAUGGGAAAAAAAUGUACAUGUUAUCAGUGGAGUCCCUUUAUGAAGUUGUAGCUGCAGCUGCCAGCUUGCCAUCCUCCUCGCAAUCUAGUCAUCCUCCAAUCAAUGCCUCUGUGACAACUCGAAGACACCUGCAGUACAUACCAUUAGUGAAACUUCCUCUCAUUCAGUACUGCUGCAAAUUGCUCAUAGCUACACUUAAACAAGGUGUUUUCAAGACGCUAUUUUCUAACUAUGAUCUGGCGUUGGGGCACUUGCUUGUUCUGUGUCAACUUGACUGGCCACAGGAAGAGGCUCUUGUAACAAGGGUACUGAAAGAAAUAGCGCAACGCAAAGCCUUCGCUUACCCAGUUUUUACAAAAUACCUGGUGAAUCCAACCAUUUUAGAGGAGUUCAUCUUUCUUUCAACUGAACAGGGAGGCAACAUUUCACUGGAUAUUCUAGUCCCAUCUGCAAAUCAACUCUUAAACCAAAGGAGGAUGUCGACUCGAGGUGUUGACAAAAAUGUAAGGGAAGACUUCAAAUUGAUGAUGAGGCGCCAGAUUGCACGGUGCAAUGACCCACUUGACUCUCUCAUCACGGACUUUUUACUAUCAGAACGAGCAUCCAUUGUAGAAAUCUGCUAUCGCAUUCAGGUCCAGAUGUCUAGCUGACAUAGUCUAGCUCGGCUGAAAGAGCGUUUCCCGCCCUCCCUUGACAUAGCAAUUGUCCCUUUGAAAAAUAAGAAAAAUGCGUGAUACCUGUAAGUAACCUCAAUGACUUUAAUCUGAUUCUCUGGGCUGUCUUCUGAAAAGAUGCUCUUUCAAGAAAUUAAAUAAAUUAAAAAGGAGGAGUUGUAUGCGGUAAUUAAUUAAGUCAUGGUAUGUCGUGCCAUGCUUCACCAUCUCGGUAUCCCUCCAUGUGUCUUCAGGCCUUGGAAAAACAAAUUUUUAACAUUUCAAAUGUUUAUUUUUGGGAAGAUCAAUAAAGCCAUCAGGGAGAUUUUAGUAAUUUGAAUGAGCACCUAAUAUAAGCAGGAAAAUAUUAUGAAAUGGUUUUAAAAAAAAUUUAAAUCCUCCAGAUAAAUUUUAGAUUCUUCAUUUGUUACCCGAAAUAACAAAAACCUCUGGGCCGCAUAGAUCUGUUAUUGCAUCAUUGCUCAAGAGUGGCAUUACACUUGUGUAAUUUACGUUUUAAGUACUAGAUGGGUACAUAUUAUUUAAUUUUGAAGAGGAAGUCAAAUGAUCAGAGCAGAUUUUUUUUCACUGGUAUUUAAACCUAGCAAUUGCUCAUGAAAGUCUGUUUAAUUUUAUGAAAGAGUUACAUCUAUGUUGUUAGGACAAUUUUGUCUGGCAUAAUUUCUGCACAGUUUUAAUCUCCGUCUGCAUUUUCUUCCUGCAUAUAGUGUCGUUACAGUAGAGACUGGGCUUAUCAAAAUUACUUAAAAUUUGAAUGAAAUCAACAAAAGUCUAUAAUUCAUCAAACUUGUACUAAAUUAAUUUCCAACUUUUGUGAACACAACUCAGCUCACCAAUUAUUCUAAGUACAAUUCAGAUGUUCAGAUCAAAGAAUAUCUAUCAUUAAACGUUUCACUAUCAACUUGAAGUUAGUACAAUAUGCUGGACGGAAUUUCUGUAAUUUGAAAUUUUAAUUGUAAUUGAUUCGUAAACGUUACUUGGGGUCAUAAGUUGUGUUCAAUUUAUACUGCUGGCUGAUAUAUGUAUCCAAGUUUCCUAGUCAUACUGUAACUUUUUACCCAUUAAUUAAUAACCGGUAUGUUUCUGCAGUGUCCAUACAAUAGUGAAGUUAUGGUCAUUGCCGUCUAAUUUGUAAAAAGAAAAAGUUUUUUUUAAAAAAAAAAAUUAAAUGGUUUGAAUGUU